AUGCACAUCUGCGCGCGAAUAUUCGCGUGGGCAUGGGACUUCCUUGCCGGUAGCACCGCAUACCCAAUGCAGCAUACUGUGGGAAUAGAGGUCCGGGUAACCAAUGAGGUGCCGGCCAGCAGCACAGAGGAAAACGUGAUGAAAGAUGCAGCACCACCUUGGACGACUAUGUCCGUACCUAACAGUCGGACUACCCCGCCAACCCCCACAAACCAUCAUCCACAGUACUUAUCUCCGCACGUGUUUCAAGGGCGGAACUCUCUCUGCUGCACGAAUGAUUAUACACUACGCAGAAGACGUCCUAUGACACUUCGAAUCGGUCCACGUUUGAGCCUUCCAAAUAAGAGCACAUCAGCCCCAACGACCACCACCGACGGAGAUUGGCCAGUAUUGAGGCAUCAGAGGUUAGAGACAAAGACUUAUGACAUAGGCAGAGACAAAAUUGCUGUCAAUCUAAGCUCAUUCCAGGUUCAGCUUGGAAUGGUUAUGUCAUCUAACCCCGAAUUACAGGUCUUGUUACAUGAUCCUGCUGUUGCUGAGCAUUUCAAUCAAAUAAGAUGGAGAACACUAUUCCUCGAGCAGAGUUUGAGAGUUCAGUUCAGAGGUUUGGAGUUUAAAGGACGUGGAUUUUGA